UGUGACGUCAGACGAAGAAGACUCUCCCUGUUUACAGCAGUGUUUUUGAACUCUAUUAGCAUGAGUUACAACUGUGUGAUUUAAGACAUGAUUUCGCAUUUAAACCUUCAUUCUGAAACACCGACAUGAGCGACACGAUGGAGAGCCGAGAGCAGCGCACUCUUCUGUCGGAGAACGAGUCUUCAUCCGCGAUGAAGAGUCCUGAAAACACUGAUCAGCCACAAGCGGUGGAGAAGAGAGGGCCGUAUAUCAUGUCCAAAGCUCCUGCUUUCCACUCCAAGCUCCAGAAGCACCGAGACACGGCCAGACGAGCUCUGCAGAAGAGAGGAUUGGGCUCAGGGAGGCCUGUGCUUCAUCAGCCACGACACAAACCAAAGACUGUGAAGUUCAAUAAGGGAUACGCGGCUCUGAGUCAGACAGGAGAAGAUUCGCUCAUCUCACUGGAUUCAGACAGUGAUGCAGAGCUGGAUUGUUCAUCUGGAUAUUCCUCAGCAGAGGUGCAUCCGGACCUGAGCAGGCAGCUGUUGAAGGACGGAUAUCACCUGGAUGAAAUACCUGAUGAUGAAGAUCUGGACCUGAUUCCCCCUAAAGCCUUGAGCUCCUCCGUCUGCUGCUGCUCUGACGUCUCCUCCUGCUGUGUGCAGUGAUCGAACCCGACGUCUGCCAGAGGUGUGAAUGGAUCAAAAACACUUACAGUGUUUUUAAGAGCAUAGACUCGUUUCGUUUGUCAUUGUUUAAGCCUCAGUCUCAUUACUAGAAUUACACUUCGUAGCCAAAAUCCCAAACUCUUCCAGUUUUGACCUGCAUGUGAUUUAGUCACAUCCCUGCUGCUGUCUGCAUGUCAUGAAAACAUUCGAGAACAGGUCAUAUAUCACCUCAAAAUCAAAGUAUACAAAUUAGUAGUUAUGUUUAAAUAUUAUACAGAUUUUAGUUCCAUUACCACACCUGCAGUAAGAUGUUUUGCGUUGUGACAUUAUUUUUUUUCCUCUUUAUUCAUUUUUUAUUUUGACUCCAAAUUCUCAUUACUGUAAUGUGUGGAAGCUUGUUUCCGCUACAAUUUAAUAUUUUUUGAGAUUUUGUCUUUUUCUUACAAUCUGCUUAUUUCUCACAAUUUGGACUGCAAGAUAUAAACUUGAGUUGUGAGAUAUAAACCUUAGAAAAAUCAGAAAGUAAGAGUUCACUUUUACUUUGCUUAAAAAAAAAAAAAAAACGUAAAGUUA